AUGUCGUGGACCAGGAUCGUGAAUUGCUUCGUUGAGACCUUCGCUGAUGCCGCAACCUUGGAUGCCCACUGUGGCUGUGCCUCUAGCUCCUUGUUCGAUAGCUUCGCAACUUCGGCCUGUCUACACUCCGUCGACCGAAUUACUGGGUUCCUUCCCUUUACACUCCGCGACUAUACUCUCAACCCUACACUGGAGCAACUCAACGGAGAAGGCUUCAACACCCCAUGGUCCGCCCUCUUCCUGUCGCUUGCUCUGAAACAGCGAAAGGACCGGGGGAGCACCGCUCAAUUCCCCAUCAAUCGUUUCAAUCAGUUUCCGGAGCUUCGCGACCUCUCGGCAAGAACCGAUGUCCCCUCCUGGAUGAAGAUCAUUCGCCAUGUACAGACUGUCGAUGAUCUGAAAGACUUGCAGCGGGACGAAGAGAAGCAAGAAAAAAAGGAUGGCACAGUAAACUUCAAUAACCUGAGACAGUACGACCCUGAAAGCAACGACAAGCAGACCAAGAAUACAAUUGAGUUUCGUCAACAUGCGGGUACUCUGCGUGGACCUGAAGUCAUUGCUUGGACUCGGUUGCUAGUAAGUCUCAUGACAUAUUGCAACGAUACUCCCGAAGACGAAGUUGACGGACUCUGCAUGAAAGCCUGGUCUGACCCGUCCUGGACCGCCUUGGACCUCAUGAAAGCCAUCGGUAUGUCUGAAAGCUCAGACACUUACAAGCACUACAAACACGUCCUGGGCUUCUAUUCGAGAAGUGAGCCAUAUGCUGACAUUGUGAGAGAACAAGAGAUCAAAGAUCUGAGGCUACAUGGACCGUGUUACUUUUUCGCUGAUAUGAUGCAGAUGAACAUUGACAGACGACACAAACGUAAUAGUCGUGCUGAGGUUGAGAAACGUAUUGCUGAGAAGUUCAGGAAGGGUUCUUAUGGGCAGUACUCUGCGGAGUAUUUGAAGCAGCUGGGGCCGAUGGCUUCACCAUCGGCGAUGCCGUCGAAACGACGCGGGCGAUUGCUGAAGAGCAUGCGGAUUGCCAUCAGUUCAUAG